AUGUCUGGAAUAGCUCGAUCCGCUUUGAUUGAAUGGAAGCCAGUAAAUGACCAUAUGGCCUACCCCCGUUUCAAAAGAAAGUUCUGCAAUAUUUCGGUCAUCAGUGCUCCAACUUUAUGCGCAAAUGACCACAAUAAGGAUAAGUUCUACGCGGAACAUCAAUUGUUAAUCACAAUCUUACCGAGAGAAAAAAUUUUAGCUGAGUUCGCUAGCCUUAGUAUUACGGAGACAGUGGGUGAUAUUUUUGGCACUCGAACGAAAAGAGGAAUGUUUCGAACCACGGUACAAUUAUAUAAAGAACAAUUAGCCCAACUUAUGGUUACACUUCAGAAUACUAGCCCUCAUUUUGUGCGAUGCAUUAUUCCUAAUUAUGAAAAAAAGGCUGGAUAUAUUUGUGCUAACUUAUUGCUCGAGCAGUUACGCUGCAAUGGAGUGUUAGAAGGUAUAAGAAUUUGUCGUCAAGGCUUUCCAAAUAGGAUGCGGUUCCAAGAAUUUCGGCAACGAUAUGAAAUGCUUUUAGAUCGUGAAAUUCUUCCUAUUGGCUAUAUGGAUGGUAAAGAAGCCGUCAGGUUCAUUUAUGCACUUCAUUUUGCUAACCCAGUCUUCAUCAUACAAUAUAUUUUGGGGCUUUUUAGGAAAAUUUUGUUCAGUUUGGGAAUGGAAACAAAUCUUUAUCGUAUUGGUCAGUCUAAAGUUUUUUUCCGAAGUGGAGUUGUGGCAGCAUUGGAGGAAAAUAGAGAAAAAAGGCUGUCACAGAUUAUAAUCCAUUUUCAAGCGAUCUGUCGGGGUUUUAUGGCUAGACAGAUGUUCCAAAAAAGAGUCGAACAAUCUAACGCUAUCCGCAUAAUUCAACGAAAUGGUCAUGCAUGGUUACGAUUGAGAAAUUGGCAGUGGUGGCGGUUAUUUUCAAAGAUUAAGCCACUGUUGGAAAUAACUAACAAAGAAGAAAUAAUUACAAUAAAAGAAAAUGAACUGAAUGCAUUACGUGGAAUUUUGAAGCAGAAGGAUAGUGAAAUUAGUGAAGCCUUAAAACUCGCAGAAAAAGUAUUUAUUCAACAAAUAAUUCUUCGAUAA